GAAGGUGGAGCGAGGAGCUCGUUACAUCACUUUUACGGUUCAGUGAUGCUGCACUUUCUCAUAGCUGUUCACGUCCCUCGGCAUACAGCUGUAGAAAAACAGAGAGAGAGAGAGUGAGAGAGAGAGAGAGAGCACGAGUGGGCAAACGAGAAACCUCUCGCUCUCAGUUUUCAUCCUCGUUUAAAGAGCUGGCAGCAGUGAAAGAGAAGAAUUACAGCCACACUAAUUUCUUCAGCUUCUGUCAGUGGAGAUAUCCCUUCUUCAUCAUCAUCAUCAUCAUCACUGCUUCUGAACACACAGGUUGUUGUGUUGUGUUCCUGCAGGCGAUGGCUGAGGUGGAGCUGCUCUCCACACCCCAUCAUAUUGAGAUCAGCGAUGUGACCUGCGACUCUUUCCGGAUCACCUGGGACAUGACUCCUGAGGACGCGUCCCGAGUGACGCAUUACUUCAUCGACUUGAGCCGCAAAGAGGGCAGCGAGCACAACCGCUUCAAGCACAGAGAUGUCCCCACCAAGCUAGUGACAAAAGCAGGACCCCUGCCGAUGGCUGUGAGAGGCCACUGGUUCCUGAGUCCUCGAACAGAGUACUGUGUGGCUGUUCAGACCGCCAUCAGACAGCCGGACGGAGACUAUCAUGUGUCUGAAUGGAGCCAAGUAGUAGAGUUCUGCACUGGAGAUUAUGCCAUGGAGCAUCUCCAGCAGCUGUUAGAUAAAGCUCAGGCUGCUGCGGGGAGGCUGCUCAGGUUCUCCGUCUUCUACCGCAAUCAGAGUCCUGAAUACUUCCAAUAUGUCAGGUCAGAGUGUGGAGGUGCAAUGCUCCCAUCUUUCAAAGACAACAGUGGAAGUCACGGCUCCCCCAUCAACGGAAAGCUCCGUGGCGUCUUCCUCAGCUGCAGCACAGAGUUCGACACAGGCCUCCCUCCUAAAGACUCCCCAUACGGCCCUCUGCGUUUCCAAAUAUCUGCCGAUCGUGUCCUCACCCCGAGUACAAACCUCUACUUUGCUGACUUCUACUGCAUGUACACAGCGUACCAUUAUGUAGUGCUGGUGCUGGCCCCUGCUGGAUCGGAGGGGGAUAGCUUUUGCAACAGCCGCCUACCACGACUGGACCUGUCAAGCAAUCCCUUCCUGACAUUCACCCCUGGAGACGCACCGGCCUUCUGUCACGCCAGUGAUGUCAUUCUGGAGGUGCUCUACACAGAGCCCUUGCUUCUGGAGCACGGCAUACUCUCUCAGAUCAGUGGCCGUCACCAGCUCAUGAGUCUUUCCACCGCAAACGCCAAAAAAGACCCGAGCUGUAAGGUGUGCAAUAUCAGCGUGGGCCGCUGAGCUGUGAAUGGCAGCUAUCACUGGAAGUGCAACCGGAAACCGGAUCGUGAGAACCUCUCUGGUCUGGAAAUGGACCCAAAGUCCUAAUGAGGAUCUGAAUAAAUAUUCACUUAUGAAAAUUUGAAAAUACACCAAAGGCAUUGCACAAAAGAGGCAAUUAAAAAUAAAAAUAAAAAAUGAAUGGGGCCAUGAUAGUCUGGCCACUUGUCGUGAAUCAAAGCCAUAUGGUCUGUGAGGAAACUAUUCAGAUCUUAAAGAGACUGUUCACCCCAAAAUAUUGCAUCAUUUACUUACUGUCUUUUAAAACUUGUAUUUUAAAGCACGAUAAAAGUGGUCCAUGGGACUAGUGUUAUAUUUUUAAAGUCUUCUGAAGCCAUAGCUUGUGAGUCUAACCGUAUAUAAAGGUUACAUUAUUGAAUUAUGUAAUUGAUUAUGUUUUGUUUUUUUGUAUUAAGUCUUUUGGGUUGUCACCUGUAAUUAAUUUCAUGUGUCGUUGUGUGCAUGUAUAUGCAUAAAUAUGUUACAUCAACUGUAUUGAAUGCUUUAACAUUAAAUAAAAUACUUUUAUUUAGAUUGCAUUUUGUAGGUUGUGUGCGUGAAAAUGGUUGUUUCAGUACAGCUAUGACCAAGUUUUAGUGGUUUUGAUGCACACACACACACACACACAAACCUUGCAAGAUGCUUAUCAAACAUAGUACUGCAUAGGUAUCAUGGAGAAAAAUACAUUCACAUCUUUGUUUCAGAAUUACAUAUGAUAGGCCUCGAAUUGUCAAUAUUUGAGUGAUAGUGAGAAUGCUUGAGCUUCAAACUCCAAAAAAUGAAUGAAAUCCACAAUAUAUAAUAAUUUGUUCCAAAAAGGAAAUGGAAGAACUGCCUGAAAUUAAACAUUUCUAAAUAACAUAAUAUAAAUACACAGAGCAUAUGAAAGCCAUUAAAUCACUUAUGUCAUUAUGUUAGAUAUUUGCUCACUGAAGGUGGCUGGUGUAUGUAAUACAUAAUCUGAUCAGGGUUGAUUAUGAACAGGCCAUUCCUAAUCAGACUGAACAAGCACUGAUCUCUAUAGGUCUGUCUGUCUGCAGCUGAGAGCAGGAUUUAUAUUGCACAUCCUUAAAACUCACAUGAAUAAGACAAAUUACAACAUAAGCUCUCAAUUUCCCUGCCGGCAGGGAUGAUUUCUUUGGUUUCUGCAAAGCAUUUUGUGCAGCAGUCCUAUAUCCUGGAGGUCAAAUGAAAUAACUUGAUUGCGUUUAGUUUUCCCACUUAAAAUAGUUAUCAAAAACCUAAAACAUCAAUAAAAAACAUAAUUCUCAGAUAAACAAUCAAGCUACAUAAAUGACAUCAGUUUUCGAUCAAGGGUUCUUGCAUCAAUCCAAAGACCUGUCAGGCACCAGUCCUUGGAGUUAAUGGAUUUAAAUGGAUUAUACUGAUAGAGUCCAAGUCAAAAACGUCCUGGGAUUUGAAUGAACCUCUUUGAUCCUAUAGUUUGUGUCCCAUGCGAAACCGUUUUAGCUCAUAACAUUUG